UAAUAUUACAGGCACACAAGUGAUACACUGGGAACUUUCGCGUGUUAAAUAUUUAUGUGUCGACUAGGCUUAAGUUUUACAUUGUUUUGAUAGAGAAUUUCAAUUGAAAUUAACUUCAGAAAGAACCAGGUGAAGCCAAACAACCCGUAUAUUCCGUCAACUGUUAUAUUCCUCUAUUGUUAUACGCCAUUGUUACCUGAGAACUAUAAAGUAAACCGACAUGGACAGUUCUUACAUCUUGGCAGUUGAAGAUCAUGAUAAAGUCCGAUUUGUUGAAAAUAUCGACGAAAACAGAAAUUCCAUCGCACAACCUCAACGUCCUAUGUUGAUAACUUCACGAUACUUCACAGUUGAUGGACAACAUUAUUACUGUAUAAACUUAGGCAACGUAGAAGAAGAAACUAUAAUACAUAGUCUUUAUCUUAAAGCUGAAGGAAGACGUGAAUUACUCAUGACAACAUUCCACGACGGAGACAACCCAAAAGAGGAAUAUGCUUUUCUCAAACCGACUGGCCUAAGAUGCUCCGGCUGGGAAAAUCAAUUUCCAAUUAGGCUAAAGCCUCGAGAACAACAUAGCUACCUUUUCCUGAUCAGAUUCAACAAGAUAGUAUUUCAAAAAGUGACCAAGGACGUUGAAAUUCCACUGUCUGCUGUACUACAAACAGAACAGAACCGCUGUACGAAAACAGUGAUACACGUGCUUCCUUCAUUACGAGUUAGACGGCCACUACUAACCAUGACAGCUGAAUGUGAACCUCCACUUGAUUUGAAUGAUAGUUUCCAGGUGAAAUACACGAUUACCAAUCAUCUUCAGGACUUUCUAGCCAUUUACUUGUUCUGGGAUCCAACAGUGCCAUCGACAUCGCUUUCCACUCAUAGUAAUCAAGUACAAGAAAGCAGGUCUAUAAUAUGUCACAAGCCUCUGUCUAACCUUGGUUCUUGUCAAGGAGGGUCACAAUUACAUACAACAGUUUGUUUUUCUGCUACCAAAGAAGGAGUCUAUGAGGUCGGACAGCAUAUGAAAUUGAAACUACACUACAGGACUGAACCAGUGACAAACACGAGAACCCUGUCCUCUUACCAUACAAGUUUAGAACCUCAGCCAAACAGGAAAUUUCAAGAUGACAUCUCCGGGUCUUAUGAUGGUCAGAUUGACUCGUUAUUUUACCAAUCCUCCGUUGUAUUGGCUCUUGAUAAAAUCGUCAAACAACCCUGUCAAAUAUAUCUCUUUAAGUCUCUAGAAAAACAAUGGAACUUGUAUCUACAACAACCCGUGAUGUCAGAAGACACAUAACAAGAAGAUUUAUGAAAGAGAACUGACACGAAGAAUUUCUGGCUUAAGAAUCGUGAUUCAUUCGACUUCGUAUAAUUACUUAAGCAAAUUUUCAGCUGCAACUAAACCAGUUUGUAAAGCACAAAACGAGCAUUUGGCAUUUUUAGUAAUAUUAAUAAUAUACGUACACCUAUAGAGUAACUAUCCUUUGAAGAUGCCUUUACGCGUUUGGUGUUGCAAUAUCACCUAUGUACAAAGUACAGUCCUGUUAAUAAUACGCAUUUACAGUUUAAGAAAUAGGACAAAGAACAACGAAUUUUUAUUCAUAUAAAAUACAUUAUUAAACUAACCAAUACUGUGCUUAUUACAGAUAAAAAAUUAAAUACUUUAUUGUACUAAGUUUAUACCAGUUAUUCAUUCUCUCUCUCUUUGUAUUUUUGGUAGGUAUGUGGUAAUCCGUGAUAAUUAUUUGUUAAUAUGAAAGUAAAACCUUACAAUUUCUGUGAAUUAACUUGAGAGCCUGAAAAUGAUCAUAAGCAAAUCCUGUACUGGACGUGUAAAUUUUUCUUAAUUUCUGACAUUCUUUAUGAGAUUAGUCCACUUCUAGUCAUUCACUCUUUUAGAGUUGAUAAUCAAGUAAUAGCUUUAAUCAACUAUCGCAUAGAGGGCGCUGCGACGGAUAUUUUAUAACCUCUACUUGCUACGGUAGUAGUUUUAGGAAAAAUUUCUUCUGAAAGCGCGGUAACUUGAAAUUCAGUUUAAAAUAAUGAAAAUGAAAUAUUUCUGCUGAUACAAGUGAAAUUUAUCUUCUUUGUAAAAAUAACCGCUACCUGACUAAAAUCUAAGUAAAUAUAGUAGACAAAGUGAGCAAUGACCUCGUGAAGCAAUUUCUGCUAAAAAGUUUGUUACAUAUUCUUGUUUUGUUUUAUUUGUCGAAACGCGUCAGCUUAAUAUACUGUAUCUACUGGAUUAGUAAAGUCGAGAGUUGGAAUCUUUCUUAUUUUCAUUUUUAAAGAAAAGAAUUAUAGUUUCACAGGAGGGCAUGUCCUCUUUAAAAUAUAUAUAGUUAUAUACUUUAGGUCCUAUUUAAGGUCAUGUCAAAGAACUGUUGGACAGUUUAUUUUUAAUCUGUUAUAAGUGUUUUAAUUUAAUUGUAUAUACAGAU